AAAAGUUGAAUUUUUUUUGCAGGUAAUCAUGGCGUUUCCGGCCUUGAGGGCCUCGAUCCUUAUUGGCCUAGUUGUGGCUGCGCACGCACUCACCAUGGACCAAGAGGCCACAAACAACGCUAUAGCUGCAGCGUUAUCAGCACAGAGCGGCGGGGAAGUAGCCAUCGUCCUCCGACCACAUGCCAAAGGAACCAGGAGGGCAGACUUACUGCACGUGAAGGGCGAGGACGAUGAUUCUGUCUCGCUCUAUUACAACAGGAAGAGCCAUAAGGUUUCACUAGAGAGCCUAUACGGCGGUCACCUGAAGUCGGUGUCCUGGCUUCUAGGCUUAGAUACCAAGAGCGUCCUGACUCUUGUAGUGUCUCGGAACCAAGUGAAGCUCCUAGUGGGCUGCAAACCUCUGCAUCAUCACGCACUGCCAGGGAGAUACGACCUGCUGGCGCUGCUUGCUAAUGACAAGAGUAGAUUGUACCACGAAGAAAACGCCCCAGUAGAGAUCUACGGCAACCAACGCGCGGCCCUCGACACGCUCAACUGCAACCCCGGCAACCCGCUCGUGAGCGUCGGCAACUCCGACAUGGUUGACGUGCGACACUUGGACGACAUGCAGGGUGACGACUACAGGGCCAACGCUAUCGACAACGGCGUGCUGCCAACCCCGGGCCCGCCGAGGGGGGACAUACCGUCCACUGAUAUAGAUUGUGAUGAUCGUGUGAUCCGCCAGCUAGAACUCCUGUCCCAGACGAUAAAUAAGUUGCGCAACGAGAUCGCAGACCAGAAAGGCACCAUCGACAGCCUGAACCGACAGCUGCGGGAGUGUUGCCAUCGCCAGCCCACACCGGCGAUUGAGCGCUGCACCGACUCUUCCUGCUACCGCGGAGUGGAUUGCCGCAACACCGCCACAGGCAUCGCUUGCGGGCCGUGCCCGACCGGCAUGGAGGGCGACGGGCGCCGCUGCAGGCCCGUCAGCUGCGACAGGCGACCUUGCAGUAAUGGUGAAUAUUGCACGGAUACGGCGGAAGGUUUCCGGUGCGCUCGGUGUCCAGGUCGUCAGACAAGCGACGGAAGAACUUGCCAAACCGCCUGCAGCUCAAACCCGUGCUUCGGAGGACGUGUGCGCUGCCAAGAUUUACCCGACGGUGGAUACCGCUGCGGGCAAUGUCCUGCAGGUUUCCAUGGCAACGGCGAACAGUGCUACAGGAGAUCUUGUUCCCAGAUUAAGUGUUUUGAAGGAGUUCAAUGUCAAGAAACCACCGCCGGCCCCCGCUGCGGGUCCUGCCCCGGCGGUUACGACGGCGAUGGCCAGCGCUGCGACCACGUCUGCGACACGCGGAGACCGUGCGGCGAGAGGCGGUGCACCCCUCUUACAGAGAGCCCGUUCUACGAGUGCGAGAGCUGCAGCAGGGGGUAUGAGUGGAAUGGUCACUCCUGCGUCGACAUGGACGAAUGCGAUCUGAUCCGCCCCUGUGACGAGCUAGUCUCCUGUCGCAACUUCGAAGGUGGCUUCGAAUGCGGCCCCUGCCCGUACGGGUACACCGGCAGCCAGGGCUGGAGCGGCGCUGGCGACGAGCGCAGGAACGAACGCUGCGAGGAUAUAGACGAGUGUGCGGAGGGACGGUCGAAUUGUCAGAGGGGGAGGCUGUGUGUUAAUACGCCGGGUUCGUUUACAUGCGUGCCAUGCGGAGGGAACUACUACGUGAACACAAGCAGUUCGUGCUACGACUCUGAUUUCCUCAUCCAGCGCUGCGACAUCAACUACUGUAGGCAGUUCAACGCUGUUUGCGGCUAUGGACAGAAGUGUGUGUGCGCUAUGGGUUACACCGGCAACGGAACCGUCUGCGGACGGGAUUCAGACCUGGAUGGUUAUCCAGACCAACAACUCAACUGCCCGGAGACUCGGUGCAAAGCUGACAACUGUCCAAACGUUGCCAACUCUGGACAAGAGGAUGCGGAUGGAGAUGGCUUAGGAGACUCGUGCGACCCUGACGCGGAUGGUGACGGCAUUAAUAAUAAUCCGGAUAACUGCUGGCUCAAAUACAAUCCGGAUCAGAUGAAUCGUGACGAAGACCGAAGCGAUCAGUUUGGUGACGCCUGUGACAACUGUCCGCGACUGUACAAUCCUGACCAGGAAGACACAGACCGCGACGGACUUGGCGAUCUAUGCGACCCUGACAUUGAUAACGAUGGCAUCGCCAACCAAAUUGACAACUGCCCUAAGAAGUACAACCCUCUCCAAGAAGACAUGGACCAGGACCAAAUAGGAGAUAUUUGCGACAACUGCCCCCGUGUCAGGAACCCUUCCCAAGACGACUCUGACAAGGAUGGCGUCGGCGACUCCUGUGACAGCGACGUUGAUAGAGACUUUGACGGCGUGCAAGACGGUUUAGACAACUGUCCGAACCUACCGAACAGCGACCAGCAGGACAACGACAACGACGGCAAAGGCAACGCUUGCGACGACGACGACGACAACGACGGCAUACGGGACAUCGACGACAACUGCCCGCUGAUCGCUAAUAGAGACCAACUGGACAGCAACGGUAACGGAAUUGGUGACAAAUGUGAAAAUGACUUCGACGGCGACAACGUUGUCAACGAGAAGGACAACUGUCCCAACAAUUCUCAGAUAUUCCGUACCGACUUCAGACAAUUCUUCCACGUCCGCCUGGACCCUGAAGGCGAGUCCCAACAGGACCCUAACUGGGAGCUCCGGGCCGACGGUGCCGAAAUCAUCCAGACCCUAAACUCUGAUCCCGGACUGGCAGUCGGCUAUGAAAGAUUUGGCGGGGUGGACUUCGAAGGCACCCUGUUUGUGGACACGCAGAUAGAUGAUGACUACGUUGGAUUUAUCUUUGGUUAUCAGAACAACAAACGCUUCUAUGUCGUGAUGUGGAAGAAAAAGACGCAAACCUAUUGGCAGACGUCGCCAUUCCGUGCGGUCGCGGAGCCUGGCAUACAGCUCAAACUGGUCAACUCCAAGACCGGCCCUGGAAGAAUCCUGAGAAACGCGCUUUGGAAUACUGAGUCUACUCCAGACCAGGUAGAGCUGUUGUGGAAAGACUCCCGCAACAAAGGCUGGGAGGAGAAGACCGCUUACCGGUGGAGAGUGAUCCACCGGCCCAAGAUCGGUCUGAUCCGCCUCAAGAUAUAUGAGCAGGAUCAACUGGUGGCCGACUCUGGAAACGUCUACGAUCUCACGCUGAAGGGAGGCAGGCUUGGAGUAUUCUGUUUCUCGCAGGAGAUGAUUAUCUGGUCGGAUCUCGUGUACAGAUGUAAUGAUAAAAUACCAACAAAUAUAGUAUCGGAGUUGCCUCAACGACUUCACGAGAAAUUCGAGGUUGAUAACGACUUUGUAUAUCUGUAAAUAAACACAUAUUAAGAUAAUAUGUUCUAGUUCUGAUGUAAUUUAUUACAAUA